CAUCAAACAAAUCCCAAUCAAACAACCUCAGAGGAGGAGGAUUGAUGAUUGCUCUCACAUGACGUUUGGAUUCAACAACAGCCUGCCUUUGUAGCUUGCUGCUCAGCAAAUAAGAAGCCCAAUUAACGAAUCUUACGUCUUUCUAGUCAUCCAACACCCUAUCGAUUGCCAAGAUGAAGGAACUCGUCCCUCAAGAUGCGACAAAACGCAUCAAACAUAUCCAAUUCGGAGUACUGUCUCCACAAGAGAUCGUUGGUAUGUCCGAAUUGGAAAUCACGACAAAAGAUAUGUAUUGCAUCGGCGAAGGUGGUGAUCGUGCUCCUAUUCCACAUGGUGUAUUGGAUAAACGGUUAGGUGUUUCUGACAAACGUACGCUUUGUGAAACGUGUGGACUGAAAAUGGCAGAUUGUGUUGGUCAUUAUGGAUAUAUUCGCUUGGUAUUGCCAGUUUUCCAUAUCGGAUACCUCAAACAUACAGUCUCCAUCUUGCAAUGCGUUUGCAAAAAUUGUGCCACCGUCUUACUUGAUGAGCCUUCAAGAAGAAAAUAUUUGCGCAUCUUUAGAAGACCCAAUCUUGAAAAUUUGCAACGCACUGCAGCAUUCAAAGCGGUUCAUUCAGCAGCAAGGAAGAUGACACAUUGCCCCAGAUGCAAGGAUGUGAACGGAUAUGUAAAGAAGGUGCCGACAACGAUGAAAAUUGUACACGACAAAUAUCGAUCGAAAAAGGUGGCGGGUGACAAGCAAUCGUUUCGCAACACAUUCAACAAUGCUAUCCGACUAGGUAGCGGAUUCGAUAUCGCCCCACAUCUUAAUAAAGCACUGGACGACUUGAAUCCUCUGCGUACUUUGGACUUAUUUCGUCGUAUAUCUGAUGAGGAUUGUGAACUUCUUGGACUACGGCCAGAAUUUGGUCGACCGGAACAGUUCAUUUGGCAAUACAUUUGCGUGCCACCAGUCUGCAUUCGACCUAGUGUUCAACAAGAAGGAGCAACGACAGAAGAUGAUCUCAGUGUCAAAUUGACGGAAAUCAUAUUCACCAAUAGUCUGCUGAAAGCUGGGCUAAAGCGUGGAGGGAAAGGAACGACGACAUCACAAUUGAUGGAACAGUGGGAUUUCCUCCAGGCUUCCGUUGCGCUGUACAUCAACUCUGAGCUGCCUUCGGCAAAUUCUUCGCCAGGCACCAAACCUACAAGAGGUCUCUGUCAACGACUAAAGGGAAAACAAGGACGUUUCCGUGGUAAUUUGUCAGGAAAGCGUGUGGAUUUCUCUGGACGUACCGUUAUUUCGCCAGAUCCCAAUUUAAAGAUUGAUGAAGUGGCCGUUCCUGACCGCGUAGCAAAGAUCUUGACUUAUCCAGAAAGGGUAUUUGAACACAAUAUGGAGGAAAUGAAACGAGCAAUCUCAAAUGGUUGUGAUAUUCACCCAGGCGCAAACUUUGUCAUUGAUUCGGAUACGGGCUUGAAGCGCUUUUUGAAAUACGAAAUGUCUCGUAAGGUCGCAGCUGCAAAUCUGAAAAUUGGUGACGUGGUCGAACGACAUUUGCGUGAUGGUGAUAUCGUUUUGUUCAAUCGACAACCCAGUUUGCACAAGCUAUCGAUCAUGUCACAUCGUGCAAAGAUUCGACCUUGGCGUACGUUCCGAUUGAACGAAUGUGCUUGCAAUCCAUACAAUGCCGAUUUUGAUGGUGAUGAGAUGAAUAUGCACGUUCCUCAAACGGAAGAAGCAAGAACAGAGGCUACAGAAUUGAUGGGCGUCAAACACAACCUUGUUACGCCUAGAAAUGGUGAACCAAUCAUUGCUGCUAUUCAAGAUUUCAUCACAGCUUCAUUUUUGAUCUCUCGACGUGACCGAUUCUUCAAUCGUCGUCAAUUUGUUCAAAUCUGUAGCUUCUUCGGUGAUGCCGAUCUACAAAUUGAUCUUCCCCCACCUGCAAUUCUCAAGCCGGAGCGGUUAUGGACGGGAAAGCAGGUAUUCAGCUUAAUGAUCAGACCCAACAAGAAGUCAAAUGUCUUGAUCAAUCUUGAAGCACAAUGCCGAACAUAUGAAAAGCCGGGUAAAGGUUUCAUCAAGGAUAUGAGCCCAAACGACGGAUGGCUUGUGAUUCAAAAUUCUGAAGUGCUAUGUGGUGUGAUGGAUAAAAAUACGGUGGGAGAUGGAAAGAAGAACAGUGUCUUUGGUGUCAUGCUGCGUGACUAUGGGCCGGAUGCAGCUAUUCAAGCGAUGAACAGGUUAGCAAAGACGUGUGCUCGUUGGUUGGCCAAUCAAGGAUUCAGUUUGGGAAUCAACGAUGUCAUGCCAGGAGACCGAUUGCGUACUACAAAGGACUCGAAAGUUGAAGCUGCAUACAAGGAAUGCAUCGAUUUGAUCGAGAAGGCCAAGCGCGGAAAAUUGGACAAUUUACCCGGGUGCGACCAAGAACAAACGUUGGAAAGUAUGAUUUCUGGGGUUCUCAGCGGUGUUCGUAGUGAUGUAGGUGAAAUUUGUAUGACUGAAUUAAGUCGUCACAAUGCACCACUCAUCAUGGCUUUCUGUGGUUCAAAAGGUUCAAAGAUUAAUGUAGCUCAAAUGGUUGCUUGUGUGGGUCAACAGAUUAUCAGUGGAUCGCGUGUGCCCAACGGUUUUCAAGAUCGUUCUUUGCCACAUUUUGCCAAAAAGUCAAAAGAUCCACCAUCAAAAGGUUUCGUUCGUAACAGUUUCUUCACAGGCCUUACACCCACUGAAUUCCUUUUCCACGCCAUUUCCGGUCGUGAAGGUUUAGUCGAUACGGCAGUCAAAACAGCCGAAACGGGUUACAUGCAAAGAAGAUUGAUGAAAGCUUUGGAAGAUUUAUCAACGCAUUACGAUAUGUCUGUUCGUAACUCUGUUGGAGGAGUUGUUCAAUUUACGUAUGGUGAUGAUGGCUUGGAUCCUGCCGAAUUGGAAGGUGAUGCGUUGCCCGUUGAGUACCAUCGAUCGUGGUCACACGCUCGGGCCAUUACGCGGCAUGUACAAGAACGUGGUCUUUUGCCGUAUGAAGUCACAGAGAUCAUCGAAGACUACCUCUCGAAGCCGCCUUUCUCUGUUCAGACUACCGAGAAGUAUCGUCAACAGGUGUUUGAAUUCUUGGAUGAAUUUGUUGUGAAAAGAGCUGCUGAAAUUCGGGAAGCAUACGGAUUAUACCCUGCCCUGGUUCGCGAAGAUCACUUUGAUGAAGAUACAGACUUGAAUCUCGGAGCUGAUGCAGCAUCUAUAGCGAUUGUGGAUAACAAAACUCUGGUACGCAAGAGUACGUUGGACGCAUUCUUACAAGUUUGUUAUGUGAAAUAUUUGAAAGCCAAAGUUGAGCCAGGAACGGCAGUUGGUGCAAUUGGUGCUCAAUCGAUCGGUGAGCCAGGUACGCAAAUGACAUUGAAAACUUUCCACUUUGCUGGUGUUGCAAGUAUGAACGUUACCUUGGGUGUUCCACGUAUCAAAGAAAUCAUCAAUGCUGCCAAACAAAUCAAUACACCAAUCAUCACUGCUCAAUUGGUCAAUCCUGAAAACGAAACGGCAGCAAGAAUCGUUAAAGGUCGAGUUGAGAAAACGUUCUUGGGUGAUGUUGCUAGCGUGAUCGAAGAAGCUUGGUCGAGUCAGUAUGUCUACCUGGGCAUUCAUAUUGACAUGCGAGCGAUUGAAAAGCUACAAUUGGAGGUAACGCUUGAGGAUAUUCGGAUGGCAAUCAUCAAUGCGCCUAAGCUAAAGCUCAAAUACGAAAAUGUCGUCAUUGUGCCAAAUCGAAACAGAAUUCGCAUCUAUAUGAGCGCGCCAGCCGACGGUAAGCGAGAGGAACAAAUCUACUAUGGCCUCAAGUUGCUCAAACGUGCAUUACCAAAGAUUGCAAUCAAAGGUAUCCAAGAGGCUGCAAGGGCUGUGAUUAGUGACGAAAAAGGCUCGCGUAAGCUAUUGGUAGAAGGAUAUGGUUUGCGGGAAGUGAUGACGACAGAAGGCAUCAUUGGUACACAAACGCAUACGAAUCAUAUCAUGGAAAUGAAAGACGUUUUGGGAAUUGAAGCAGCAAGAUCCUCCGUUUUCCGCGAAAUCGAUUAUACGAUGGCAAGUCACGGAAUGAAAAUCGAUCCAAGACAUGUGAUGUUAUUGGCCGAUGUGAUGACGUACAAAGGUGAAGUUUUGGGUAUCACUCGAUUUGGUGUGGCAAAGAUGAAAGAUAGUGUUUUGAUGUUGGCAAGUUUCGAGAAAACGACUGAUCAUUUGUUCGAUGCUGCCAUGUUUGGCAAGACGGAUUCGAUUCAAGGAGUGUCUGAAUCAAUCAUCAUGGGUAAUACUGCCGCAAAUUUGGGAACUGCAAUGCCAACCCUGAUUAGCGCCAAGCCCAAAAUUCCUCCAAAGAGAAAAUUGUUGUUUGACCGUCACGCAAAGUGAUGAGUUUGAUAACGUCUAUUAUGUAUUAAUGUUUCAACUGUACCAUAAUUUAAUAGAAACACACAUUUUAAUGAAAACAGCAGAC